AUGAUUGUUGGUGGUGGGAAAGGCAGAGGAAAUGGUAGAGACACAGAUGACUGGGGUAAUCGUAGUGAUGAUAAUAGUGAUGGUGCUGGUGGCAGUGUGUGGGUCUCAGAGGAUAUAGUUAUGAAGUGUUUCGAGCGUCAGGUACCGGGGUACCCGAGGUACACCUACUCAGGUGACCCGGCGCUUGGAGAGCAUCACCUGGUCAUCAGCGGAAUCACUAUUACUGAGGACGGAGAGUAUCAGUGCCAGGUGGGACCCACCCAGACUAACCCACCCAUCUGGGCUGCUGCCAACGUUACUGUGUUGGUGGCUCCAACUGGCAUCACCAUUCUUGGGUGGGAGGACGGGGCGGUGGUGGAGAUGGUAGCUGGUGCUUCUCUGGUGCUCGAGUGCCUGGUGACCGAUGCUCGACCUGCAGCCAUCAUCAUGUGGCACAAGGAUGGUCUUCUUCUGGACCAAGGACUGGUGGAGGAGAGAGUGGAGGCGUCGUCACAGCCUCGACGCUGGAGCGUCAGGAGUCGCUUAUCUGUGACGGCAGCGCCUGAAGACGACGGUAAACUGUACACCUGUGAGGCUGACCACCCCGCUCUUAGGAGGAGCUCCGACCCCCUGUUGGCGUCUAUCACUCUCUCGGUCCUUCGUGAGUACUGCUACCUCCUGGCUUCCAUUACUCUCUUCGUCCUCCGUGAGUACCUCUACCUCCUGGCUUCCAUCAUUCUCUCCGUCCUCCUUGAGUACCACUACCUCCUGGCUUCCAUCACUAUCUCUGUCCUCCAUGAGUACGUCUACCUCUUGGCCUCCAUCACUCUCCGUUCUCCGUGAGUACCUCUGCCUCAUUUAAGGGAGAACCGUGACCUUAUACUGACCUCUGUCACGUUUUCCUCCUUGAAUACCUGUACUUUACUCUCAAGAGAGAUUUAAAAGAUCAUCUUGACCCCCAUCGCUGUUCUUCAUGAGUACAUCAGUACCUCCAGCUCAUUCUUAAGGGAAGCUCUGGCCUCCUUACUGGCCUCAAUUACCAUCUCUGUUCUCCGUUACACCUUCCUCACUUUCACAGGUCUAACCCGCUCCUUCAUCGGUCAGUACCUCUCAUACUCUUUUACUGAUAAUUCAGAUAUCAAUUUAUCUCUUGCUUCGUCUCCUGUACCUCUUACCUUCCUGACGUAUGUAAGUGGUCACGCUGGCGCCAUUCGUCAGGAAGAGGAAACAGUGGCUUACUCCUUGGAAGGAGGAUCGAGCCUACACGGUUAUUUUCCUUCUUUAUGUCUCUAUGAAUGAAAUAAUAAUAUUGUGAGACCCUCUUUGUGAGCCCAGCUAACCUUCACUCUGCUUAAAAGAGAUCCGUCCUCAAGAUUGUCUCCACUCGUCUAAUAUUAUCCCUAAUUUUUAAAGGGGUGGGCGGGUAAGCCAGUGGAAGGCCUUGAUCAGAUACCUGAAAGCUACAGCUGCGGGUCAUCAUAUGAAUAAGAUCCGCGUCAAGAAAUACUUGUCCUGUUUCCUGACAAAUCAUACCUACUUUACGUAACCAAUCCUAAUCCAACUUAAGAUUCUCUCUUACCCUCUCUUUAUCUUCUCGGAGUACUUUUACUCCUGUAGAAGGUGAGAUUUUUCU